GACACGCGUGGGCCGCUCCCCUCUGGGAGGAGGGCUGCCCAGAGGGGUGCAGGUGUCGCUAGCGGCCCCUCCCCGUGUGGGGCCACGUGGCGGGUGCGGGCCGAACCCGAGGGGAAGAACCUGGCCCGUGGGGAGGUGGGGGGGGACCGAAGCGGCGCUGAGCGGAGCCGAGAGCUACGGGGUUCGGAGCAGAGGCGGCCACAGCGGCAGCGGCAGUAAGAGGGAGGGGAGGAGGCAGGCGGGCGCAUGGGGCGCCCCGGCCCCUCCGGCAGCGUGCCCCCUCCGGCCCGGCCGCGCUGAAAGCUACCCAGCGCCGCGCCUUGAACCCACGCCCCGGGGCCAUGCCGGUCAUGAAGGGGUUGCUGGCCCCGCAAAACACCUUCCUGGACACCAUCGCCACCCGUUUUGACGGAACGCACAGCAACUUCCUGCUAGCCAACGCACAGGGCCCACGGGGCUUUCCCAUCGUCUACUGCUCUGACGGCUUCUGCGAGCUCACGGGCUACGGUCGCACUGAAGUCAUGCAGAAGACCUGCAGCUGCCGUUUCCUCUAUGGCCCAGAGACCAGUGAGCCAGCCCUGCAGCGUCUGCACAAAGCCCUGGAGGGCCACCAGGAGCACCGCACUGAAAUCUGCUUCUACCGCAAGGAUGGCUCGGCCUUUUGGUGCCUCCUGGACAUGAUGCCCAUCAAGAAUGAGAUGGGGGAGGUCGUGCUGUUCCUCUUUUCCUUCAAGGAUAUCACUCAGAGUGGAAGCCCAGGACUUGGCCCCCAAGGAGGCCGCAGGGACAGUAAUCAUGAAAACUCCCUUGGUAGAAGGGGAGCCACCUGGAAAUUUCGGUCUGCCAGAAGACGGAGCCGUACUGUCCUACACCGACUGACCGGCCACUUUGGCCGCCGGGGCCAGGGAGGCAUGAAGGCCAAUAAUAACGUGUUUGAGCCAAAGCCAUCAGUGCCCGAGUACAAGGUGGCCUCCGUGGGGGGGUCUCGCUGCCUCCUCCUCCACUACAGCGUCCCCAAGGCCAUCUGGGACGGCCUUAUCCUCCUUGCUACCUUCUACGUUGCGGUCACCGUCCCCUACAACGUCUGUUUCUCGGGUGACGAUGACACCCCCAUCACUUCGCGACACACCCUUGUCAGCGACAUCGCCGUGGAGAUGCUCUUCAUCCUGGAUAUCAUCCUGAACUUCCGCACCACCUAUGUGUCCCAGUCUGGCCAGGUAAUCUCUGCUCCUCGUUCCAUUGGCCUCCACUACCUGGCCACCUGGUUCUUCGUCGAUCUUAUUGCUGCUCUGCCCUUUGAUCUGCUUUACGUCUUCAACAUCACCGUGACCUCGCUGGUGCACCUGCUGAAGACAGUGCGGCUGCUGCGGCUGCUGCGGCUGCUGCAGAAGCUGGAGCGGUACUCUCAGUGCAGUGCUGUGGUUCUCACGCUGCUCAUGUCGGUCUUUGCGCUCCUUGCCCACUGGAUGGCCUGCAUCUGGUACGUCAUCGGGCGCCGGGAGAUGGAGGCCAAUGACCCGCUGCUCUGGGACAUUGGCUGGUUGCACGAGCUGGGCAAGCGUCUGGAGGUGCCCUACGUCAAUGGCUCAGUGGGCGGCCCAUCGCGGCGCAGCGCCUACAUUGCGGCACUGUACUUCACUCUAAGCAGCCUUACCAGCGUAGGCUUUGGCAACGUGUGUGCCAACACCGACGCCGAGAAGAUCUUCUCCAUCUGCACGAUGCUCAUAGGCGCCCUGAUGCACGCUGUGGUGUUCGGGAACGUGACAGCCAUCAUCCAGCGCAUGUACUCGCGCCGCUCGCUCUACCACAGCCGCAUGAAGGACCUCAAGGACUUCAUCAGUGUGCACCGCCUGCCGCGGCCGCUCAAGCAGCGCAUGCUCGAAUACUUCCAGACCACGUGGGCCGUCAACAGCGGCAUCGACGCCAACGAGUUACUGCGUGACUUCCCAGACGAGCUGAGAGCUGACAUUGCUAUGCACCUGAAUCGGGAGAUCUUGCAGCUGCCGCUGUUCGGGGCAGCCAGCAGGGGCUGCCUGCGGGCCCUAUCGCUGCACAUCAAGACCUCGUUCUGCGCUCCGGGCGAGUACCUGUUGCGCCGUGGGGAUGCCCUGCAGGCACACUACUAUGUCUGCUCCGGCUCACUUGAGGUGCUCCGAGACAACAUGGUGCUGGCCAUCCUGGGGAAGGGGGACCUGAUUGGAGCAGAUAUCCCUGAGCCGGGGCAGGAAGCUGGGUUGGGAGCAGACCCAAGCUUCGUGCUGAAGACCAGUGCUGAUGUGAAAGCUCUGACCUACUGUGGCCUGCAGCAGCUGAGCAGCCAAGGGCUGGCUGAGGUCCUGAGGCUCUAUCCUGAGUAUGGGGCUGCCUUCCGGGCUGGCCUGCCCCGGGACCUCACCUUCAACCUGCGCCAGGGCUCUGACACCAGUGGCCUCAGCCGCUUUUCCCGAUCCCCUCGCCUCUCCCAGCCCCGCUCAGAAAGCCUCGGCUCCUCCUCAGACAAGACGCUGCCAUCCAUCACAGAGGCUGAGAGUGGCGCGGAGCCUGGGGGUGGUCCCAGGCCCCGACGGCCCCUCCUGCUGCCCAACCUCAGUCCAGCACGGCCUCGGGGCUCCCUGGUCAGCCUUUUGGGCGAGGAGCUGCCCCCAUUCUCAGCCCUUGUCUCCUCUCCUUCCUUAUCCCCGUCCCUGUCCCCUGCCCUGGCUGGCCAGGGCCACAGCGCCUCCCCUCACAGCCCCCCCAGGUGCUCUGCUGCCUGGAAGCCCCCUCAGCUUCUCAUUCCCCCACUGGGAACCUUUGGACCUCCGGACCUCAGUCCCCGGAUAGUGGAUGGCAUUGAGGACUCUGGCAGCACAGCUGAGGCCCCUUCAUUCCGGUUCAGCAGGAGGCCUGAGCCGGCAAGGCCCCGCUCCCAGGUGCCCCCUACAGGGACCAGGCCCAGCCCAGAAUUGGCCAGUGAGGCUGAGGAGGUGAAGGAAAAGGUUUGCCGGCUGAACCAGGAGAUCUCUCGUCUCAAUCAGGAGGUGUCUCAGCUUAGCCGGGAGCUGCGGCACAUCAUGGCCCUGCUGCAGGCCAGGCUGGGUCCGCCAGGCCACCCAGCAGGCUCCGCUUGGACCCCAGACCCUCCUUGUCCACAGCUGAGGCCACCAGGCCUCUCUCCUUGUGCGUCCAGACCAUCACCCAGCCUCCAGGAUACUACGCUUGCUGAAGUUCACUGCCCAGCCAGUGUGGGGACCAUGGAGACAGGGACUGCGCCCCUGGACUUGAGACCUUCCAUAUUGCCCCCCUACCCCUCAGAGCCUGACCCUCUGGGACCCUCUCCAGUGCCAGAGGCCUCACCCCCAACCCCAAGCCUCAUGAGGCACAGUUUCCAGUCCAGGUCAGACACGUUCCACUGACCCUGGCCCAGGGCCCAGGCCUGUCUGGGGUGGGCAUUGCCACUCACCACUCAGGGAGGACCUGGGCCCCUUGGCUUCCUGCCUUGGGGUCAGCAGCCACCAGCUGGCCUGGUUGGCUCUGGAUUUCUGGACUUUUUAACCAAGCGUGGUUACCUCCAACGCUAUUCCCUUUUCCAAGCCUUCCCCAACUUCCCCCUCUGUGAGGGGAGCCACCUGAGGGCUGUGGAACCCAGCAGGCAUGAGAUGAACCGCAGUGCCCAUUGGGCUGGGCAGAUGAGAUCCUACUUUCUCCCCAGGACCUGGAGGCAGGUAGAGAUGGGGGAGCAGAGGGGAUGGGCAAGGGACCCAGCUCCGGCCUAGGACAUGAAGGCAAGACCAGGCAGGAUCUUAGCGUCUAUAGCAAGAGACAGGUUGCAGGAUUUUGCCUGAAGAUAGCUUAGUGAUAUUGUGAGGUCUUCUGUCUCAGCCCCUGGGUCUCUGCUGAAGACCUUAAGAGCAAUGUUACCUAGAGAGGGGUAGGUUUGAGAUGCUGCUUGGAAUUUGAGCAACCCACGAUUUCUUAGGCCGCCCACCAUGAGCCCAGGCUGGAGAGGCUCACCUCAUCCCACAGCCCACACAGGAAACAAACGGAUGGCUCCAGAUAUGUGCUCUUUGGCUCUCACAGCAUUAUUUUCAAAAUAUGAGCUAGUUCCAAUAUUAAAAAUGAGAUAGGGCUGGGUGCGGUGGCUCACAC